GCGAGACCCACCACCGUUACCCGGCAAGCAGUCCGGGCGGUCUCGACCAUCGGCUCGGCUCACGACCCUCGGCCAUUGAAUCUGCUGCGCAUGUUAUCCAGGAGAAAUGUGAAGCCAGAAAAAGGGAACCGUCAUCUCCGAGCUCUUCGUCUUCUUAUAUCUUGCGGCUUCCAUGGAGCGCACCUUAACGUUUCUGAUUACAGAAAACUCGUUCGCCUUUAGCUGACCCUCCAGACUCGUUUCCAAGCCAGGAAGCACUGAGUUUCAUCAUAAACUGCCCUUCCGCCAUGGAUGGCCUCAUGGCGUGCUGCAUUGGCCGCUGUCUCGUUAGCCCCUCGGCACGAACCCGCAUCUUCCCCCAUAAAGUCAGCUUUCAGACGAAAUGUUCGCGUUCCGACCGGGAGUUUCUGUUCGAUGACCAAAACUUCGACCACUGGGACAGGAUGGAGCUUAAGUUCGGCAGGCUUCUCGGGGAAGACCCCAAGCUGACACUCGCGAAGAUACUUGGGAGAAAAUCAAAUCCAGAUACUUCUUAUCUUGAUAUUGAAAAAACAUUUCAAAGGAACAAAGGCAAACAGGAGAAAGAUAUUGAUGAUGCUUUACUUCUUGAUUUGGAGAAAGGGCCAUCUACCAGUCCCAUUCAACCUAGUCAGCAUGGUCCCCAUAGGAACAAAAAGUUAGAGCGAAAUGUUAAUUUGGUACGGCCUGUAGUGAGGAAAGUCACCAAGGCAGGGUUCCCAGUUCGAAGUCCUGUUGUAAAAGAGCAAGAAACGAAGUUACAUCAGAUGAAUUGUGAUGAUGAUCAAAUUAUGAGUACUGCUAUACGGAGACCAUCUAAGCCUAAAGCUACUGAGAUUGAUUCUAACGAAAAUGCAAAGUUGCAGAUCAGGCCGAACAUAUUUUUACAAAUGAGGAAGGACUCUAAAGUUGAAUCUAGUAAUACCUUAUUGAGGAAACCUGAGCAAAUGAGUCUCAUCCUUGAUUCCAGUCCAGGUGAAAAGAAUUCCAGCCAUUCUUCUGUGACUGACUAUAAGGGAGAAAGCAUGAAGCAGUCUGAUGGUGCGACAGAAGUACAUAUUUUUGACCCAGAUGAGACAGUGCAUGUUGGGGCAGGCCAAAACGAUUUGGAUAAGCGAAAGGAAGAUGUGGGGACUCAUCAUGACAGCAUUGCAAAUAUGGUGCCUCCUUCUGUUAGUAGUCUCAAAGAAUAUCUGAAAAGUGAGAGUCUUCAACAAGGAGCUCUAGAAAUGGAAGGUGAGACUUGGACAGAAAUGCAGUCUUCACAGCCAAGGUCUGAUAAAUCUUUAUACGUGGAGACCAUUUCUGGAGGUGUUCGACCCGUAGCCUCUGAUCAUCCUGCAGAAGCUGCUUUGCUGGGAAAACCAGAAAGGUUAAUUUCUGUGAAAAAGCAAACUCCUUUACGAAAUCAAACAGGGGGUAUGGGUUCUAAUGAGGGCCAAAAUGACACUAUAGCACAUGAGAGUUUUGCCACAACAGCCGUGGAGGAAUAUGAAGAAAAUGACUGGAAAAGAGCAGAGAUGUUGCUUAGCUCAGGAGAAAGGGAGGAGGUGGAGUUGAUUAGCUAUAGUAGCAGAGGGUUUAUGGUAUCGUUUGGUUCAUUAAUUGGUUUUCUACCAUAUCGAAAACUUAGUGGAAGAUGGAAGUUCUUAGCUUUUGAAUCAUGGUUAAGAAGGAAAGGUUUAGAUCCUUUACAUUACAAGCAGGAGAUGGAGACUGAAGGAAAUGCGUCGCUGGACAAGAAUCUGAACAAGCAGCCACUGGGCAUAGAGAUUGAUGAAAAAUUGGCACCAAACGUGGAGCUAAACAACCUUCUCGAUGCUUAUGACCAAGAUAAAUCUAAGUACUUGUCCUCUUUUAUCGGCCAGAAAAUUAAGGUGAACGUGAUACAAGCUGACAGACAUUCCAGAAGGCUAAUUUUCUCUGGAAAACCGAAAGAAAGUGAAGAACAGUCUGAGAAAAAGAAAUUCCUUAUGGCAAAGCUUAAUAUUGGUGAUAUUGUGAAAUGCUGCAUUACAAAGAUCACUUAUUUUGGCAUCUUUGUCGAGGUUGAAGGUGUGCCAGCACUGAUACAUCAUUCAGAAGUGUCGUGGGAUGAAACACUAGACCCAUCUUCGUGCUUCAAUGUUGGUCAGAUUCUUGAAGCAAAAGUUCAUCAUCUGGAUUUUGCCCUUGAGCGUAUCAGUUUGUCCCUGAAACAAGUAGUGCCUGACCCGCUGUUGGAGAGCCUCAAAUCUGUGAUGGAUGCUUCUGGUUCUUCUAGUGAAAAUCUCGAAGUCACUCAAUCAGACGUUCAGUGGUCUGCUGUCGACAAGCUUAUUGAUGAACUGAAGAAGAUUAAUGGAAUCGAAAAUGUAACAAAAGGUCGUUUUUUUCUGAGCCCUAGCCUGGCUCCUACUUUUCAGGUUUAUAUGGCAUCGAUGGUUGACAACCAGUACAAAUUGCUUGCUCGAUCAGAAAACAGAGUGCAAGAGGUUUUGGUGCAAGCAUCAUUGGACAAGGGGGAAAUGAAAUCUGCAAUUUUGACUUGUACAGGAAGGGUGGUGUGAAAAGAGUAGUCCAAAUUAUGUUGAUUUUGUAAAUCCUCACCAAGAUUCCGAUUAUGCUGCUAAUAAUGCCCACAAAGCCUUGACAAAAUCACAAAGUACCUGGCCAACUGUGAAGUUAAUGAGGGAUUGUGCAGAUUUAAUUUAGGUUACCUAUUGUUCUGUACAAGUUGUAAUAGAAACCACACGUAACGUGUUAAGUAAAAGCACUUGCCAUUCUGAUCUGCGUUUGUUGUAAUAUGCUUUCUAGUUUGUGAACUUUUAUGGUUACCAUUUUUCA